AUGGAGAGACUCAUUACAAGAUCUGGCAUCGAGAUCUUUCAAAUCAGACACUCGACCAACCUAGACUGUGCAAGUUUCUACGGCUUCAACGCCGUUGACAUCGCCAAUACCCCAACUGCUACACUCGACUACAAAAGCAUGACCACCCGCAUUGGUGCAGCCAGAUUCUACACUUACAAUAUCGACACAACAGUGACAUUUAUCAAUGCCUGGGUCAUCUUCUCUGACCCCAUCAGCCACGAUGUUUACGCAAGCAGCAACAGCACAAUCAUUUCACACAACGUGGUUCAUUAUCCUGGCAAGCGCUCAUCAAUUUUCUCGGAAAUUCGAUGGAAAGGCUAUCUAUGUCUACUAUGA